CAGGUGUUCCACGGUCCUAAUUAAACGAAAACAACCUCCCGCCCAUGUGUGAAGUGUGAACUCACAACCUGCUACACUGAAAAUCACAUCGAAACCCAGACGAAUCGGCUAGUUAAAAGCUCUGUUACCCAAGAUGAACAGCAGUGGACCAGCAUAUCCCCUCGCCUCUUUGUAUGUAGGGGAUCUGCAUCCUGAUGUUACGGAGGCCAUGCUUUACCAGAAAUUUUCUCCUGCUGGGCCCAUCAUGUCAAUCCGUGUGUGCCGUGACAUUAUCACUCGCAGAUCUCUGGGAUACGCCUACAUAAACUUCCAGCAACCAGCUGAUGCGGAGUGCGCCCUCGAUACAAUGAACUACGAUGUUAUCAAGGGUCGGCCUAUCCGAAUAAUGUGGUCUCAGCGUGACCCCGGACUUAGGAAGUCUGGUGUGGGUAACAUCUUUAUCAAGAACAUGGAUGAGUCUAUUGACAACAAGGCCCUGUAUGAUACCUUCUCAGCCUUUGGGAAUAUUUUGUCCUGCAAGGUUGUUUGCGAUGACAAAGGAUCCAAAGGCUACGGCUUUGUUCACUUUGAGACUCAGGAGGCUGCAAACCGGGCCAUUGACACCAUGAAUGGGAUGCUGCUGAAUGACAGGAAAGUUCGAGAGAAAGGUAAACAGUUGGCAUCUGGCAUUGUCAACCCAAAGGCCCAUUUCCUGGGGACAAAUUGUCAGUACACCCUGUUUAGUUUUGUCGGCCACUUUAAAUCCCGCAAGGAGCGAGAGGUGGAAUUUGGCACCAAAGCCAUGAAGUUCACCAAUGUCUACAUUAAAAACUUUGGUGAAGACUACACUGAUGACAAACUCAAAGAAGUCUUCUCUACAUUCGGGAGGACUCUGAGUGUGCGAGUGAUGAAGGACGACAAAGGCCGUUCACGUGGAUUUGGCUUUGUAAACUACGCAAACCACGAGGAUGCUCAAAAGGCAGUUGAUGAAAUGAAUGGAAAAGAGAUCAAUGGGAAAAUCAUCUACGUGGGGCGGGCUCAGAAGCGGCUGGAGCGCCAGGGAGAGCUCAAGCGCAAGUUUGACCAGAUCAAACAGGACCGCAUCCAGCGCUAUCAGGGAGUGAAUCUCUACGUGAAGAACUUGGACGACAGCAUAGAUGACGACAGAUUGCGGAAGGAGUUCUCCCCCUACGGCACCAUCACGAGUGCUAAGGUCAUGACAGAUGGCUCCCAGAGCAAAGGCUUUGGCUUUGUCUGUUUCUCUUCGCCCGAGGAAGCAACAAAAGCAGUGACUGAAAUGAAUGGAAGAAUUGUUGCAACAAAGCCGCUGUACGUGGCUCUGGCUCAGCGGAGGGAGGAGCGUAAAGCGAUCCUCACCAAUAAGUACAUGCAGAGACUCGCCACCAUGAGGACCGUGUCGAGUCCGAUCAUUGACUCGUACCAGCAGGCCGCAUACUACAUGAGCGUACCGCAGCCUCCCUCUCGCUCCUACUACAACCACAAUGCUGUCAGCAACAUGAGACCGGUGCCUUGUUGGACGGGACAAGCACCCAGACCGCAGGGCCCGUACUCAUCCCAGUUUGGAGGUUCUGUUCCCCGACGCGGGUCGACUCCCAUCGCUACAGUCAGACAGGCCUCCACCCAGGCGCCGCGUGUUGUAAGUUCAUCACAAAAGACAAGUAACAUCGGGACUCAGACUGUAGGAGGGCGCACUGACAUGCCUGGUGUGACCAGAAGCGGUCAGUACAAGUACUCAUCUGCAGUGAGGAACCCGCAGCAGGUCAUCACUGUACCUGCACCCAUGACAAGACUACAGGUUAUUCCUGCACCUGUGAUGGAGCCACCAGUGCACGUUCAAGGCCACGAGCCACUCACCGCCUCGAUGCUGGCCGCAGCUCCACUCAUGGAUCAGAAACAGCUUCUCGGUGAGCGAUUGUACCCGCUGAUUCACGCCGUUCACCCAAACCUGGCUGGAAAAAUCACAGGAAUGCUGUUAGAGAUCGACAACUCUGAGCUGCUGCACAUGCUGGAGUCGCCCGAGUCCCUGCACUCUAAGGUGGACGAGGCGAUCGCUGUCCUGCAGGCCCACCAGGCGAAGGAAUGCUCUCCCAAAAAGUGAAGAGCCCUUCCAGGUCAGCAACAGCUUCUCUUCCUCUGUUGAGACGUUCUUUCAGCAGCGGAGGGAUCUUUACAGUCUGUUGCUGUAUAUGUAGUGUGUGUGUGUGUGCGCAGUAUUCAAGGGUUACAGUCAGUGUUUUUUGGUCGUUGAGACUGACCUCACAUCAUUCAGCACCAACAGGGCUGUGGUGGUUUUCUAAUUAACGUCCUGUUGUGGAAAACCUAACACACACGUGCUACUAAGUCCCUCAUACCAAAUGUCUUGAAAACAUCUAAAUAUUAGAAAAAUUAAUUCAAUUUGACAGCAUUGAUGAGCGGAACAUCAACAAGAGAAAUCGAUUCUUCCCGACAAUCAUAAUUUGCCAUUUCAGAAAAAAAAUCCUGCACAGCUGUUUCAUGGAAAGUGUGCUGUGUUGCCACAAAACAUUUAACCAUGUCAUGUUUUUUCCAGAUGUCAACGACUUUCUGGAGGAGGAAAAAAAAAAUAUAAAAAGAGUAAAAUUUGGAAAAAGAGAGAAAAAAAAAAAGUAAAGAGAAAAUGUUCUAUGUAGAUUAAAUUGACAAUUAAGAAAUAUGUGAAGUUAAAGCUAUUUUGUUGUUGUAAUACCUUUUGUUAGAAGAUAAAGUUUACAAUAUAUGCAUCAAA